AUGGAUGGUGGGAGAAGGAUCAUUGUGAUCAACGAUAUCUUAACAGUCUUGACCGCCUUCGUCGUACCCUUCGUGCUUCUGAACAGACCCGAAACCGCUAGCUUUCUGACUGAAGAAGACCGUCAUAACCUUGUGCUGCUCCGAGAGCUCGAAGUUAGCCAAGCGAAAGUCGCACAGAUGCUCCACAAGGAUGAUGUCAAAGCCGCAGCCAAAGAUUGGAAGACUUGGGCUUCUGCCAUCGCGCAGUUCAGCGGUCUGGGCAUGUUGUACAGCUUUUCUGUCUUCCUCCCGACCAUCAUUUUUGAGAUGGGCGGUGGCUGGGAUCGACAAAUCGUCCAAGCCCUUACCAUCCCCGUCUACUUCCUCGGCUUUAGUUUCUAUAUUGGCAGCGCCUACUACAGCGAUAAGAUUCAGCUACGUGGCAUCUUCUGCGUAGGCGGCUUCUUGACGUACAUGGUGGGCCCACGCUACGGCAAACGAGCCUUCGCCAGCGGUAUGCAAAUUACCAUCGGAAACGCUGCAGGCGUUUCGACACCGUUCCUGUUCAAUAACGCAGAUGCGCCAACGUACUAUCCUGGUUAUAGUGCGACGAUUGCACAUCUUGCGCUUAGCGCUGGCAUCUAUGCCACUCUGCACUUCUGGCACCGUAAAGAGAACAAGAGGAAGCUUGAGGGUAAGGAGGACUACAGAUUGGAGGGCUUGUAUGAGAAGGAGAUUGCGGAGCGGAGAGAGCACAACCCAAGACUCUUUUACAUGAUUUAGAAGGCUGUUUGUGUAGCCUCAAGACAAAGGCAAGACAUCAACACAUGCGAUCGUUG